AUGCCGCGAUUUAAUCGACGGGAACAGCUGCCGCUCCACAUCAAGCGCGCCAUUUGCGCGCACCACCUCGAACACCCCGUCCUGCGCCAUGUCGACCUAGCUCGAUGGUGUUUCUCCCAGUACGGGUUGCGCCCGGAUCGCUCUACGAUCGGCCGCAUCCUAAAAACCGCCGAGCGAUGGGAUGUGACGUCCGACGGCACCAACCCGGUGCGCCGUCGGGCAGGCGCCUGGCCAGAGCUGGAGCAGGCCAUGGGGCGGUGGAUAGCAAACGCAGGACCCGCCGGUGUGCCCCUCACACUCCAAACCAUCCGCGACCAUGUCGCGGCGAUGGCCAGGAACAUGGGCAUUCCGCCCACCUUCCGAUGCUCGAUCGGCUGGGUGCGCCGUGCAUUGCGGCGCCAGGGCGUGAGAUGCCGUGCGGCACAGGGCGAGGCCGCCAGCGCAGAUAUGGCGGCCGUGCGCGACGCCCGUGAGAAGAUGCCGCGACUCCUCACGCAGCUCGGCGUCGCCCCGCGGGACACCUUCAACCUCGACGAGACUGCUCUCUGGCUGUCGGUGCUUCCGCGGCGCACGUACAGCAGCGGCCGCAUACCCGGCCGCAAGGUCUCGAAGGAGCGAUUGACCGUCGCAUUCCUCAUGAAUGCGGACGGUAGCCAUGCAUUCCGGCCGCUUGUGAUAAGCAAGGCGAAGAGGCCGCAUGACUUCCGGCCCGACUAUGACCCUGAGGCGCUAUGCUACUGGCGCCAUAACGCCAAAGGCUGGAUGACCUCGCCUUUAUUCACGCAUUUCAUUACUCAUCUCAACGCGGCGAUGUUUGCCGAGGGUCGCAAAAUAGUGGUGCUGCUGGACAACGCGAGCAGCCACAUGCUGCGCGCCGUAGAUGCAUGGAGCGAGAUCGUGUGCGGCGUCAGGACCACGUGCAUGAGCCACGUGCGGCUUGUCUUCCUGCCGCCCAAUACCACGGCAUUCACUCAGCCGCUUGACCAGGGCAUAAUCGCCACCGCGAAGGCCCGCUACCGCCAGCAUUGGCUGCGGGCCUUCUCGGGUUUAUGGAACGCCGACGGAGCGACUUCCGCGGUCGCUCGAUUCCGGCCGAAUCUGCGAGAUGUGCUCGAGUGGCUGUCGGAGUCGUGGACCUCCGUCGGCGCGCGCACCAUUCAACGAUGUUGGUGGCGCACGGGGUGUCUUCCCCUCUCGUGGUCACUGGAGCUGCCGCACGUGCAUGACGACGAGCCCAUCCCCGCAGCUUAUCCCGACAUCGAACUCGACGAUGACAUCGAUGAUGUCGGGACGCUUAUUAACACGCUCGACCUCGGGAAUGCGGCAAUGACGGCGGCGGAAUACGUCGCCAUCGACGACGCGGAGCCCACGUGUGCGGAAGGCACGGCACACCCGCCCGUGACAGAGGAGGAGAUGCGCUCGGAGGUGGAGCUCUGGCAGGCGCCGACGACCAUGCAGGCCGUUUACGACGACGCCGACCCCGUGUGCCGUGAAGCGCGCCGCACUGCUCGUGCGGCGUGCGAGAUGCUCAUCGGCUACGCCCGGGCCACCCGCAUCACUCCGCGCGAUCUGUGCGCUCUUUUCGACAUCCGCAAUCCAAUCAUAAUCGCGCGGAUGGAGCGGGCGAGCCCGGGAUUCAAUCUCAACGUGGCGCCGCAGCCCGUACCCUCCCGCGGCGCAACCCCCACUCCCGAGACACCUCGUCCGCGGGGCCGUGUGCUGCCCGACUGGAUGACCCGCCAGUCCCGCCGUCAGCAGCUGCUUGAUGCCGGGGUGGGCGCCGUGAUGGACGGCUAUGUGGAUGCAGCGGAAUGGAUGCGUCUUCGGUCGGCGCGGCGUCUGCCCCCAGCGGGAGACGCCGCACUAGCAAGGGCAAGAAGGGGAAGGGCGCGGGUGGAGCUGGCGGGGGCGGUGGAGGUGGCAGUGGAGGCGGCGGAGGGAGUGGGGGUGGCGGUGGGAGUGGUGACGGGAGUGGUGGUGGUAGCGGCGCCAGUGGCGGCGGAGGUGGUGGCAGCGGAGGCGGUGGGAGCGGAGGCGGUGGAGGUGGCGGCGGUGGAGGCGCUGGUGGCGGAGGAGGUGGAGCUGGUGUGUCCCAGGUAG